GCUUUCUCCCUUCCAUCCUUCCAUUCCUCCUCCCCCUCCUCCCUUUUCUGUUGGCCGUACUCAUAGCCAAAGAAAACGUCCCGUCACCAUGGCGAUCCUCCACGAGUACGACUACAUCUUCGCCAUCGGCACCUUGUUUGCCAUGCUGGAUGCCUACAACAACGGUGCAAACGAUGUGGCCAACUCCUGGGCAACCAGUGUCUCCUCCCGCUCCGUCUCCUAUCGGCAGGCCAUGGUCUUCGGCACCGUCUUCGAGAUGCUGGGCGCCAUCUGUGUCGGAGCUCGCACGGCGGAUACUAUCAAGAACGGCAUCAUUCCCAACUCCGCCUUCCAGGGCAACGCCGGAGUCCAGAUGCUGGCCUUUACCUGUGCCUUGGCGGCGGCCUCCUCCUGGGUGAUGUGGUGUACGCGCCACUCGGCCCACGUCUCCUCGACGUACUCCCUGAUCUCGGCCGUGGCGGGCGUGGGUGUGGCUACCGUAGGUGCCUCCCACGUGCAGUGGGGUUGGAAUGAUGGCAAGGGCCUCGGUGCCAUCUUCGCCGGGCUGGGGAUGGCCCCCGUGAUCUCGGGAGGCUUUGGGGCUGCCAUCUUCAUGCUCAUCAAGUUGGUCGUGCUCAUCCGCAAGAACCCCAUCCCCUGGGCCGUCUACAGUUCCCCCUUCUUCUUCCUGAUUGCCGCCACCAUCUGCACCCUGUCCAUCGUCUACAAGGGCUCUCCCAGUCUGGGUCUGUCCAAGAAGCCCAGCUGGUACAUCGCGGCGGUCACCAUGGGCACCGGGGGUGGCGUCAUGCUUCUCUCCGCCCUCUUCUUCGUCCCCUUCGUGUACGCCCGUGUCAUCCGCAAGGAUCACAGUGUGAAAUGGUGGAUGUUCAUCCUGGGCCCCAUGCUGCUGACGCGCCCCGUAGUCACGCAUGGUGAGCAGGCCAAGAUCCCAGACUACGCGGUCGUGCAGGGAAGCUCCGAAGAUCUCACACUCGGCUCCCCGGAUACUCUCCGCGGCGAUGAUGCCAAGAAGUCCACCCAGGCCGGCGUCGAGUCGAUUCCGUCCCGCAGCGAGGAAGGCGAGAAGCGCAUGGUGGCCGGGGAAUCUCAGCAACUGACCUACAAGGAACUCAUGGAACAAUCCGACCGUCGGCUGCGGGAGCGUCUGCUCAAGAAGCGUGGCCCGCUGGGCUGGGCGAUGCGGACUCUCCGCGACAACCCCAUGGGAGCCGGGCAGUUGUACGAGCUGCACAAUAUGGUGAUUCUGGCGAAGCGUAUCCCGGCGAUGAUUGUGUGUGGGCUUCUCUAUGGUCUGCACUAUGAUAUUCACGCCGCCCAGUCUGGUAUUGCGGGCACCCCCGAAGGCAAGCGCAUGCAGCGCGUGUACGCCCACGCCGACAAGUAUCCCAACGAAGUCGAGCACACCUACUCGUUCAUCCAAGUGCUGACCGCCUGCACUGCCUCCUUUGCCCACGGUGCCAACGACAUUGGUAACUCGGUCGCGGCGGCCAAGGCACCGGUGCCCGUGUGGCAGUUGGCGGUGCUGUCGGCAUGUAUCUCGAUCGGCCUGAUCACCUACGGCUACAACAUCAUGAAGGUUAUGGGCAACAAGAUCACCUACCACUCGCCGAGUCGCGGUUGUUCGAUGGAAAUGGGCGCCGCCAUCACGGUGCUCGUCUUCUCGCAGUACUCACUGCCCGUGUCCACGUCCAUGUGUAUCACGGGCGCGACAGUCGGGGUGGGACUGUGCAAUGGCACGCUCAAGGCCGUCAACUUCCAGCGCGUGGGACUGCUGCUGCUGGCGUGGAUCAUGACGAUUCCGAUCGCGGGCACGUUGGGUGGGAUUCUGAUGGGACUGUUUAUUAAUGCGCCGCAUUUUGCAUUGUAGAUGUUUUCUGAUGUCAUUUAACCUUUUUUCAUGCCUCUCCUGAUCGGUGGAUCAAGAGUCGUGGCACGGAG